ACUUCAUGACUAAAUGACUACAGCAGAUACAUAAGUAUAGAAGUUAACAAUUGGCUCUCUAAAUCCUGGACGUUGCGUUGUUACAUUUACAAUUCUAUGUACAUCUCCGACUACAACAGAUACAUAAAUAUAAAACUUUACAAUUGGCUCUCGACUUCCUAGACACUUACAUCACUUUGAAACGACUAACAAUUAUACCUUAAUCAUACUAUAGCAGUCUAUGUUUUACAGCAUGGAACAUGGGGUAUACCGGUAAGCAUUGCUAAUGGCGGUGCAGAAAAGGUAAUAUUUGGCCUGUAGGAUACACCUGUUCAAUGUUUUAUUGUUUUGAAGGUGGGACAAGUGACCAUAAAUAAUGUCUUUGUUGGUGAGACCUACGGGAUUCUGAUUUUAUUUUUUCCACCUGUCAGUGAACUCUUUCCAGAAAGUUUUGGGGGUGUGGCAUUCCGCGAAUAGAUGUACUAUUGUCUGCUUUUCUUCGCAAUAUGGGCAUUGGUCAGAGUCUUUAAUUUUUUCCUUUUUUAAAUAUGCAUUGGUGGUCAAGAACCAGUGUAUAAUUUUGUACUGAAAGUACUGCAUUUUGGAUUCUUGUGAGCAUAUGUAUGGUAGCAUAUAGACUUUUUUAUGUCCUCCUCAUCCUGUAAACAUCGAAUAAUUUCAUCUUGCGUUGAAGGUGGUUUCACUAUUUUAUUUACGAAGAGCUGAUAUAAUUGUUUGCAUUUGUAGCUGCGUGACGAUCUGACAUAGGAUUUACUAUUUAAGAGGUUUAUUAACGCUCUUUUCCACCCGGGAGGAAUUAUUAAUAAAGGAGUAAAGACCAUAAUAUCUGAGGAUGUCGGACGCAUUGAAUUCAAAUCCGAAUUCCCUCAUAAUAGCUUUUGGAGUUAGAAUAUUUCCCUCUUCAUCAAUAAUGUCUUAUACAUUUCCUUCCAAAAAACAGAUUUUCUUUCUUGUAAUAAUAAAAUGUACUGAUUAUUCCAUAAAAACUCUUGUUUAAUUUCCAUUGAAGUUUGAGGGCGAUGUGAGUUCAAUUCUUCCCAGGCUUCAAGUAUCUUUAUGUAAAAGGUAGGCAUAUUUCCAAGUUUCAGAGUUUUAAUUGAAAAGUUGCCUUUAAAGAUGAAAGCUCCUCCAAACUGGAGGAAGUGGGACUCUAACGCUUGUGUCGUGCAGAUUCUCUCUACCCAGCUAGCUCGUAAUGCCUUAACCAUGCUAGCAAAAUCCAUCAUUUUUAAAUUCGGUGGUGUUGCAAGAACAGAGCAGUUGUAAAUUAGUUUUGAAACAGCAAGGCACUUAUAUAUGAGUAUUCUCUCUAUUAGAGUUAAGUUUCUUCCUGACCAAACUUUAAGUAGGUUAUCCAUUUUCGUGAAAUUUCAUCAAAAUCUAGUUCUUCGCAUUUUUCCUUGUCCUAAGUGUACACCUAUACACUUAAUUGGUUUGUCUGGCCAGUGAACAUCAAGUGGUUUGUCUUUUCGUUCUUUAUAUUCUUAUAUCUUCAUAUAUAAAUGUAAUACUAGUAAAUGCGCGUCUGAUCAGGACAACAGUCUGGUAGCAAUAGGUUUAUCAUUGUCAUAGUAUCAAUCUUUUCUAUGGAGUUUGUAACAAAAGGGAUAUUGUACUUUGAAUGUUACAAACCUCCACUUAAUUGAGAUCUUAUCCAGAAUUUUUUUUACACCUCUUGAGUUGAAUUGAAUUGUCCUUAGAUGCCCGGUGUCAAAUCAAAGAGGUCGUGGAAAGCUUACAUCAUUCAGUCCACGAUAACAUGUGACAAAACUACUCUGUAAACUGAGCCACGAUCACGAGACACACGCAUGCGUGUUUGUAUCAUGUUAGUGCUUCAAGUGUAAACAAACGGUGACUUAUUCCCUUUUUGGGGUCGAUGCUCAUACUCAGCAGGACAAGAUCCAGGCAGGUAUAAAAACACCGUGUGGCCAAAGCUGGUCAGAUUUUCCUGUGACAGACCAGACCUAUAACGUUACGGGCACGAGAGGGACACAACAAGGGAAUAUGCGGAUCACUGUUGUAAUCGCAGCCUUACUUGUGGUGGUGUGUGCGGAGAAUGUGGACGUCCCGCCCCGCUGUUGCUUCGCUAAGACAUGGGAGGGCAUGAUGGUGACAGCGCAGACUGGGCCGCAAGGCUCAAUGACAACGUCCACGAUGGUUAUGUCCUACGAUAUCUCUAUCAAGAAAGUCGCUAUGCAAGAGAUCCACAACAAGUUUAGGGUUGUUGGAGACUACAACAAGAUGACCCAGUACGUCAUCACACCUGACGGGAAGUGCACAACUUUAAAGCAACCGAGUGAGAUGCUGGGUUGCAUUCCUGACAACGCCACGUUCAUAGAGACAGUUGUGUACGGCGGGCCACACGGCAUGGUGCUGGACAAGUGGGCGCUGAAGAUAAUGGGACUGGAGCCCUUAGAUGUGUACCUGGCCGUCACCAGAGACACGUGCGUCGUCGUGAACGAGGUGAUCAUGGGUACGAUAAGUUCAGGACCGUUAUGGCAAGCCAUUGAGUUCUCCAACAUCACUUACGCGAUCAAGGACCCGUCUGUGUUUAACGUGCCCAGUCCGCCCUGUCCGGCUGAGCAGGACAACAAUCUGGUCAUGGCAAAAGGACAGACAUCACUCUUGACAUUUGCUUGAUGGGUUUCUGAUAAAGAGGAUGCGGCGGAAAUGUGAGUCACGUGCCAGUCACGCACGUGCCAGUCACGCGCUCUCAUCGUGGAUAAGCGCUCUCAUCGUGGAUAAGUGUUCACUUCUCCAUCACCAUCAUCAUUCUUCCCUCUGUAGAUGUAUCCUCUGAUCACCAGGGCUCUAACUAACGACUCAGAUCACAGCAGCCCGCUCUGUGUGUUGGCGCCACGCGUCUUCGUCUCUAAAAAUUGAUGAAUACUACAUCUCAGACAUGUAACGUUACUCAAAAGCACGGCGACUAGAUUGAUACUAGGCUCAGAUAAUCAAAUGUUUCCAAACUCCCGUAGUUUCUUUUUAAUCUCAAGAUGCAAAAACUUAGACCAAACAUCUUUUUGUCAAAUGUUGGAAACGUAUCUUCUUCGAUAACAUAAAAAUUGUAAUGAUUAUGGUGUUUCUUUCGUAAAGAGAUAUUACAGACAACAGUUUCACAGAACAAUGUCUGAAUGGCGUUGUGUUAAGUUUGAUUGUCAAUUAGAAGUUAUACAGUAACAGAUAAUCUAUACAGAGUAAUGACUAAAUUUCAUAAUGGUGACACAUUAUUUCUUCUGAGAUAUUGUUAAAAUUCUUAGAUAUGUCUUCUACACGUCGGGUAUACAUUGAAUUCAAUGAUCCCCUAAAACCAUUCCAUUUAUAUAUUAAAAUCAAUUAGUUGUUGAUUAUUACGUUACCAUGGAAUAUCUUAUUCACUAACGUAUUAUACUUCAAAUAUCUAUAUAAAACUAAUAAACAACUCACACAGAUGAAACAAAGUUUUGCAGACGUUCAUACAAUGUAUGUAUGUACCCUUUAAAACAGGUCUUGAAAUUCGGUGGAAAUUUGAAACUACGAAUUCGAACAUUUGAGUUGUUAGGUACAUGCCUUUUCAAUCCAAUCCUUUUACAACGUCUCAUGACAAUUCAGCAUCUUAGAAGCCAUCGAUGCAGUACGUCAAUAUAACUUGAGAAAUGCAUGCAAAUGAAUAUACAUUUU